UUUGACACACCUUUACUUUGGAGUUAACUUCUGCACAUUCUUUCCCGGAUCGAACAAAGUCCAAAAUGACAGCGCAAAAUAAGUGUUCUGAACUUGCUACGCAAAUAUUAAAAGAGGCUCCCACGUCGAGAAAAGCUCUUAUUGACAACUACAACAACCUUCACAAAGUGGCCGAUUACUGUGAAAAUAAUUAUUUAGGCCUACAGGUGAGCAUUUUUGGCAAUGAUAACAGAAUUAACUAACUUAAUUCUUCUAAUAGGCUUAGUCUAUUUAUUUGUUUAUUUAAUAUAUUUUGGGGAAAUUGUGAAUUACUUUUACUUGCUUAGUGUGAUCUUUCUAUUUCUGUCUUUGGAACAAAAACUGUACAAUGCCUUCUUUAUAACGUAGUUAUAAAACAUUGUACAUUUUAAGUUAAAGCCUUAGGCCUAUACGUUUUGAGGGAACAUAGAGGCAUAUGAAAGGGCAAGUUGUGCCCUUUUCUGUAUAUCAUAGUAUUCUGACUGUGUCGAAAAGUAUAGGAACACUGUAAGAAGUUUUGAUAUACCAUAUCUUUGCCAAGAAAAUAAUGCUUGAAAAAUGAUUAAGGAUGUGGACACAUGGAGGGGUUUGGAGGAGACCAAGGCUUUGACCACUCAGGCUUUGGCCAGUGUGGCCUACCAGAUCAACAGCCUAGCCACUUCUGUCCUGAGACUGCUGGACACCCAGGCCAUGCAGCUGAAAGACAUGGAGAACUCCCUCAACCUCCUCUCUCUGGUGAGAAACACUGCCACUUUAUGGGUCAGUUAGUUCAUGAGACUACAGUGCAGUAUGGGACUUUUGCUCAAUAGACGAAGUACAGUACAGUUUUGCGUCCCACAUGGCACCCUAUUCCAUAUAUAGUGCACUACCUCACUAUAUAGGUAACAGGGUGCCAUUUGGGACCCAAACUCAGUGUUGUAAUACCUGUGCUAUCUCCCAGGCUGUAGCUAUCCAUCAGGAGAAGGUGUCUCGGAGAGAGAUGGGAGUUUUCACCAUAGUAACGAAGUUGGCUUGCACCAAAUUAAUGAGCCCUCCCAAAGCUGGCCGGGAGCCGGAGGGUUGCUACAUCAGAAGAUCGAUAUCCUUCACCGAACUGGACACACUGGGCCACAGCUUUCAUGUGAGGACAGCUGGGACAAUGUUUCCCUUAUGGAUACAUUUAUCCCAUUAGACUUAGCAUAGAUUUUAGUUUUUUUGUAAUAUGAUAUUGAUUCUACAAUGCCAGCAGCACAUAAACAAGACUGUCCACAGAUAAUAAAUAGCAGUCUACAUUACUGUCAUUAGACUUACUAGCACUUAGUUACUUAUUAGCACCUACUUACUUUGUCUGUAAUUCAAUCCCGCCAGAGCAAUGCUAUUGGGCCAUCUAGAUGAUGAUGACUUUAGAGCAGUAAUAUUGUUGUGGUGUUUUUCUCAAUGUAUUGUCUUCCCCAGCUCAAUGAGUUGCAGCCUCGGAAAAGAACAGGGACCACAGAGAGCGUGCGGAGUACAGGGAGCUGUGGCCCUGUGGCGUGUCCUGUUGCUCCUGAUACCCAGCCUGGGGAACCCUCCUCAGCCAGCGUCAAUAAGGAUCUCUAUAGGUAAGCACAGCACUAGUUAGGGUGGUGAGUGGUGAUGGGAUAUGGACCAGUUAGCAUACUGUAGUUAAACUCAUCAUGAAAUCCAAUAAUGCCCUUAUAACCAGUAACACCUGUUAGUAUUACAUCGCUUUAACUGUCUCAAAUAUAAAGGGGAUACAUUCAUUGAAUGGAACCUUCUCAUUCUACCCUCCCAGGUCCAAUCUUGGCAUUAAUGUGGCCCUACCAUCAGUGCCCACCGUGCCAGCCUCCUCAAACCUCACCCAAGACUGCCCACCACCCCCUCCUGGAUCCACGUUUGACUCCAACAUCUCACCUCCUCCUCCACCACCUGGCUCCAUGGGCACUGGUCCUCCUCCACCUCCUCCUCCUGCACCCUCCAUGACCUCAUCGUAUAACCUCCCUCCUCCUACACCGAAUGCAUCCCCUAAUGUUCCCUCUCCGCCACCCCCUCCUCCACCUCCUCCCAGCUCAUCAAAUAGCUUACUCCCUCCACCUCCACCUGGUUCAAUGGGUAAUGCUCCACCUCCUCCUCCACCUCCUCCCAGCUCAUCAAAUAGCUUCCCCCCUCCUCCUCCUCCACCUCCUCCACCUGGUUCAAUGGGUAAUGCUCCACCUCCUCCUCCACCUCCUCCCAGCUCAUCAAAUAGCUACCCCCCUCCUCCUCCACCUCCUCCCAGCUCAUCAAAUAGCUUCCCCCCUCCUCCUCCUCCACCUCCUCCACCUGGUUCAAUG